AUGGUGUGUAGUCAUCCCCACGACUUCUAUCUCAUUGGCCGCGUUGGACUCUCGAAUAUAAACUAUAAAAGUGCUGGAUUGCCGGGAAGCCCUAAAUAUCCAUGGCCGACCCUCUACAGUACGUUCAAUUACGACCAAAUUACUUGGAUAAUGGUACCAACUACAACACUGGCUCUCCUUUUGUCAUAUUUAAGUGGUGAGGUAUUUUGUACUAGUCAUUCAUAUAAUGGCCUAGGGCUGACUCCUCAAAUGGGGUGGAACAACUGGAAUUCAUUUGCUUGUGACGUGAACGAGGAUUUGCUCCUAGGAGCUGCUGAAAAAUUAGCCGCUCUUGGUCUCCAGGAUCUUGGUUACAAAUACGUUAUUCUUGAUGACUGCUGGUCCGCAGGCAGAAGUGAAAAUGGUAGCUUACUCCCCGACUCAGGCAAAUUCCCCCAUGGAAUGAAAUACGUUGCUGAUUAUUUGCACGAGAGAGACAUGCUUUUUGGUAUGUACUCUUCAGCGGGCGAGUACACUUGUGCUGGUUACGCGGGAUCGCUUGGCUAUGAACAAGCCGAUGCCGAUAGCUUUGCUAGCUGGGAUGUUGACUAUUUGAAAUAUGACAACUGUUUUAACCGUGGUCAGUUUGGGACCCCGCUAAUAUCAUAUAACCGUUACAAGACUAUGUCGGACGCAUUAAACAAGACAGGCAGACCAAUUUUCUAUUCCCUCUGUAACUGGGGACAAGACCUAACUUUCUACUGGGGCUCCGGAAUUAGUAACUCCUGGAGAGUGAGCGGCGACAUAUAUCCAUUUUUCGAUCGCCCCGACAGUAGAUGUCCUUGCGACGAUGACGAGUACGAUUGCAAGUAUGCUGGGUUUCAUUGCUCGAUAAUGAAUAUCUUGGGUAAGGCUGCUCCAAUGGGACAAAACGCUGGCGUUGGUGGAUGGAAUGACCUAGAUAUGCUGGAGGUUGGUGUUGGGAACCUUACUGACGAUGAGGAAAUGGCUCACUUUUCUAUGUGGGCGAUAGUCAAAUCGCCAUUGAUCAUUGGAGCCAAUUUAGACGAUUUAACGCCAACUUCAUAUUCUAUUCUCAAUAAUCCAGCUGUGAUUGCCGUCAACCAAGACCCCGCUGGCUCGCCUGCUGUACGUGUGUGGAGAGAAAAGGUUUCCGAUACUGAUAAGUACGGUCGCGGAGAAAUACAAUUGUGGAGUGGACCGCUGGAAAAUGGAGAUCAGGUGGUGGCAAUGCUGAAUGGAGGCGCAAAACCCAGGCCCAUGAAUGCGACUUUGCUGGAUGUCUUUCCCGAGAGUGAAGAGGGAACAGCCGAACAUGACGGCGAAUGGGCCGUCUAUGAUCUUUGGGCCAAUAGACUUGAGAAUUUCACGGCUGAGAGUAUUCUCUACGGAGGGAGUCAAGAUGCCUCGAAAUAUUACAAUGCAACUCAGCUGCCUUACAAAGAGGGGAUUGCGAAGAAUGACACUAGGUUGUUUGGAAAGUAUUUUUCUAACCUUUCUCCGGGGAACCCUAUAACCGCAACUGUGCCCGCGCAUGGCAUCGCUCUGUUUAGGUUGAGAAAGCAGUAA